GAGAGAGUGGAGAGCAAAAACUGAGUCACUGAAAGCUUUUAUACACUUUUUUUCUUUUCUUUUUCUCAUCACUCUGCACUUCAUUUGUUCAGUAUAAUCAUUCAUCGCCGCAUAAAAAAUUGUGUGAGAAGAUAGUAUUAUUUGAUCUUGAUCGAUGGAGAGUGUUUCGUCGGAGGACGAGUUCGAUGAAAUGAGUGAGCGGUUCGAGAGCUACAGUUUGAGUGCAGACGUGAGUGAAUCAGAGAGUUCGAGUAGUGACUUUUCACGUCGGCAUUUGGAUGACAACGAAGGCGCUUCCACUUUUUUGACUUCUUUGGCUUCUUCCUCACUCGUGGAAACAGAGGAUACUAAUUAUACCGGUACUUCAGCUCCGGUUCCGAUCAUGUUGCCGGUGGUAGGUUCUAGACACGUCGUCAUUCCCGUGACCAAGAUGCAGAAAACGGAUACUGACUUAUCUAAAGUUGAACUAAUGAAAGAACGUUUUGCUAAACUUCUGCUUGGAGAAGAUAUGUCUGGAGGGGGAAAGGGAGUUUGCACAGCUCUCGCCAUCUCCAAUGCCAUUACCAACCUUUCUGCUUCUGUGUUUGGAGAAUUGUGGAAGUUAGAGCCGCUAGCACUGCAGAAGAAGUUGAUGUGGCUCCGAGAAAUGGAAUGGCUUUUAUGUGUAAGUGACUCAAUAGUGGAGCUUAUUCCAUCAUUGCAAGAAUUUCCAGGUGGUGGGACAUUUGAAGUCAUGGUGACGCGCCCACGCUCCGAUCUUUACGUAAACCUUCCUGCCCUCAAGAAACUUGAUGCCAUGCUAAUUAGCAUUCUUGAUGGGUUUACAGAUUCUGAGUUUUGUUAUGUCGACCGUGGGAUAAUUGUUGCUGGUGCCAAUGGCACUGAAACAUGUCCUUUGUCUUCGUCAUCUGGGAGGCCUUCAAUUAUGCAGGAAGAAAAGUGGUGGCUCCCUUUCCCUAAGGUUCCUCCUGAUGGGUUGUCUGAGAAUAUGAGGAAGAGAUUACAGCAGUGUAGGGAGUGCACAAAUCAGAUACUUAAGGCUGCCAUGGCAAUCAAUAGCAGUGUGUUGGCUGAAAUGGAAAUCCCAAACUCUUACUUGGAGAGCUUGCCCAAGAGUGGAAAAGAUUGCUUAGGUGAGAUUAUGUAUAAUUACAUAACUGCUGAUCAGUUUUCCCCAGAGAGUCUUCUUGGAUACUUAGAGAUGUCAUCAGAAUAUACUACUUUGGAAGUAGCUAACAGAAUUGAGGCUUCUGUGCAUAUUUGGAGACAGAAGUACCAGAAAAGGCGUUUAGUUCAUGGAAAGUCUGGUAGGUGGGGUGGUAAGGUCAAAAGCUUUGUUGGUGACAUAGAACGAAGUAAGCUUCUAGCACAUCGGGCUGAGACCAUACUACAGAACUUGAGACUAAGAUUCCCUAACCUCCCACAGACUUCUUUGGAUAUGACCAAGAUUCAAUAUAACAAGGAUGUAGGGCAAUCAAUCCUUGAGAGCUAUUCUAGGGUGAUGGAGAGCUUAGCCUUCAACAUAAUGGCUAGAAUUGAUGAUCUCCUAUAUGUGGAUGAUGCCACAAAACAACGUGUACGUGCAGCAGCAGAGUCUACAUCUCUAUAUGACCAAGGAAGGCUCAGCAGUGUUCCCACACGAAAGGGAAUAUCAGCUAGCCCGUUAUUAAUUCAACAGAGUCCUUCUACCUCUCCAUUUCGAAAACUAGGAUUAGACUCUCCCAGGCAAAUGAUUAGAAGCCCUGGUGGAGGGUUGCGCCACUCUCUAAAGAAGAGAAAUCCAAGAGAUCCACUUGACGAGGCAUUAGAAAAGCUAACUUUCUAAUUCUGAGUAAAGAACAUGACCUGUUAAUGCUUCUGAGGUAAUUCAGAUUACUUAAUUCCUUUAGCUGGUUUUGUGAGCCUGUUAAGUAGUAAAGGCUAGUAAGGAGGAUGGUGUAUAUAUUCCUUUAUUCUGUACUUCGUGUCUAAACGAUACCUUAGUAUCUUCUAUUUCAUUUUUUUUUUCUGGGUUAAUUGUUAGCUGGUAUUGACUGUCUCUAAUUACCGAUGAAUGGUAGUGGCAAAUCAUUGUUUCAGCUUA